CCACAAGUGAGAAAACGACAGACUCGCCAGACAGCAUCAGAAAAACUCUUUGAGACUUUGAACAAAAGGAACCAAACACAAUGGCAGACGUCGCAACUCCCGCUGACAAGAAAGCACCUCCCAAAUUUAAGCAGAGGACCACACGCACCUUCAAGAGCAAGGCGCCCAAACCGGGCCAGAAGGGAUUUGGAGACGACAUCCCCGGCAUGGACGGUCUCGGCACAGACUUCACCGUGGUCUGCCCAUGGGAAGCCUUUGGGGACAUGGAGCUUAGCGACCUGGCGAAAUAUGGAAUCGUCUAGAAACCUCAACUGUUUUCCUAGACCGAGUCCUCCUGUCUCUCACCUCACAGCCCAGCUUUCCUUCUCCUUCCCAAAAUACCCAUCCUCACAUUCAUUGUCCCUCAUGUAAUUUGAGAAAAAUUGCACACAAACUGAUCAGCUAGCAAAAACAUUGCAGCAUUUAGCUGUUUUUCUUCUUUUUUCCCCCCUGUUUACCCCUCAUGUGGUCCUACUGUCAAUUAAGCAGCUAGAACUCUAUGACCUGCACAGAGGAGGCAGCUUUUGAUGUUUUAGAGGUUUGACCUGAAAACAAACCCCCUCACACUCUUUUGUCUCAUGCACUUUAUUCACCCAACCCUCCCCCCACUUUUCCACCAAUGCUCCAUCGUCCUUUCCUACUUUUCCUAAUCCCCAGCUUCUCUUCAUCUCCUGAACCCCUCACUUUCAUCUCCAAUAACCCAUGCAGAGAAAAAAUAAUAUAAAAAUGAAUAAAAGACAGUUUGAUAUCUGUGAUAUCUUUGGACUGCUCUUCUUAACUCAUCUACCACCUCUGCUCCCCAAAGCUGCUGAUUAACAUUGCACAGUCUAUUUUGUGUAUUAGCAAAUUUCCCUUGUGUUCAUGUGUUUGUGCUUUUUUUUUUCAUUAUUAUCAUGAGAAAGUCUAUAAUUCACAACCCGCCUGAGUGAAUUAGAUAAAUCCUAUAUUUUCUCAGUAGAUGGAAAUAUUUUUAAUGAACUCAAUAAAUGAGAAUAUUUUCCACUAA